CGAGGCAACUACACUGCGCGCGUUUCAAAUUUAGUGUUGUGCGUUACCUUGUGUUUAAGAUGUCGCAAAUGCACGCAGUGGCUGAUGAUUUCGAUGCAUCUGAAUUGAAAUUCUCUAAAGAUUUUGAGAAUGCCGAUACACUUAUGCUUGCUGAAGUUAAAAUAUUGUUGGAACAUAGAAAAGAACAAAAUGAAAAUGCAACAAUCCAUGAACUUGAAUUAUCACCAGUAUUUACAAAAACAUUAAAUUAUGUAACACAAUUUUCUAAAUUUAAUAAUCGUGAAACCAUUGAAAGUGUACGAAACCUUUUAACACAAAAACGAUUUCAUAAUUUUGAAUUAGCUUCAUUAGCUAAUUUAUUACCGGAUACAGCAGAAGAAAGUAAAGCAUUAUUACCAAGUUUAGAUAGUCCACGAUUUACAGAAGAAGAAUUACAACAAUUAUUAGAUGAAAUACAAUCUAAACGAAGUUUUCAAUCAUAAACUAAUGAGUAUAUGGAAUGUUUGUUUAUUUUUUUUUAAUUUUAUUUAUGUUCAUACUAAUUUGUACAAAAAGUAAUAAUUCCAAAUAAGUCUCUUUUUUUCUCUUCAUUGUAUCAUGUGAAUGGGUAGCUAACCCACAUGAAUGGAGUAGAUUCUCAUGAACAUAUUUCUGCGUAAGGUAGUGAUGAUACUACCUUGGGUGUUCAAAUUGAAAGAAAUAACUUCCUCAGGAGUUCACUCAUCAAACCUUCCACUCAAGGGGAGGGGGUGAUGGCUGAAUACAUAAAGCAGUGGGAUAACGUCCAUUGUGACCAAAAUGGCUACAGAAGCAAAUGAAUUCCAAUGGUCAAAUAAGAUCACAGGAUAGACAGACAUCAUCCUCGAUUGUGAAACAUUUGAUUGAAACUAGUCAUCAGGUUGACAUCAAAUCAGUAUUUGUGGUGUUAUACAAAAGCCUUCAAGGGCUUAAACUAAAGUUUAUUAAAGCCUUGGCUAUACGGAAGCUGAAACGCUGUUUGUGCGUCCAGAAACAAUUUAUCCUUACCCUGGUAAUAUUGAUCUAUUAUUCAGUGGUAAUCACAUUAUUAUUAUCAUUUUUUCUUUGUUACGGCUUAUCUUUAAUCUGUGUAGUUGACCUUUUAAUUUUCAUAUAAAGAUGUCUUAACAAGUAUAUGUGUGACCAGGUUGUUCGAAAUGUAUUACGCAAAUAUAUCACAUAAUUUUGAUAAACUACGUCUUCUCAUUACAUUAAUGCAAUUGACCAAAUUAAAUUUCUACGGCAUUCGUCCACUCAGUAUUCCAAAGGCAAUGCACACUACUGGUUCGGAAUCUGGACUUUCGGUAUUUAACGACCCUGUUUAAGCGCCAGG